ACCUUUAAAGCCCUAAAUGGCCUCGGUCCAGUAUACCUGAAGGAGCGUCUCCACCCCCAUCGUUCUGCCCGGACACUGAGUUCCAGCUCCGAGGGCCUUCUGGUGGUUCCCUCAUUGUGAGAAGCCAAGUUGCAGGGAACCAGGCAGAGGGCCUUCUCGGUGGUGGCGCCUGCCCUGUGGAACGCCCUCCCAUCAGAUGUCAAAAAGGAAAACAGCUACCAGAUUUUUAGAAGACAUCUGAAGGCAGCCCUGUUUAGGGAGGCUUUUAAUGUUUAACAAAUUAGUGUAUUUCAAUGUUUCUGUUGGAAGCCGCCCAGAGUGGCUGGGGAAACCCGGCCAGAUGGGCGGGGUAUAAAUAAUAAAUUAUUAUUAUUAUUAUUAUUAUUAUAUUAUUAUUAUUAUUAUUAUUAUUAUUAUUAUUAUUAUGAUUUGGGGAACCAACAGCCCGCUUUUGUCAAAAGCGCCUUGGGUACCAUUCUGUGAUUCUAUGCCAGUGGUUCCCAAACUUUUUUUGGCCAUGCCCCACCUAAGCAUCUUUAAAAUCCUAAUGCACCCCACCCUCGCUCGUGACAUAUAAUUCUUAUUAUUCAAAAAGUGAGCUAUUCAUGUGGAGGAAGCCUAAAAGACCAUGAACUGUUAAUAACUCAUUCUCAAAUUGCCCCCCUUAAAAAUCAAAUUGCCUCCCUAAGUUGCUGACAUCCUGAAUCUGGAGCAGCUGCCAUAGUCUGUUUUUGCUGAUAGUUGCUAUAGCAUGAGAUGGAUGAGUCGUGGCUUUCUGUGAAACUGCUUUCGGGAGGGUUCUACUCUCAAGCGGCCUAUAAAUUCUGUGAAAUAAAAAUAAAAUAUGGCUCUCCAGUAGCGUAGCUCAGUGGUAAGAGCAUCUGCUUGCCUGCAGAAGGCCCCGGGUUCAGUCACCAGCAUCUCCAGGUAGCAUGUCCCCCAGCCUAGUUCCCAACCCCAGCUGUACCUAUUAUUCUCAUUUUAUUUAUGUCCCACCUUUCCUCCAAGGAGCUCAAGGUGGCAUACAGAGUUCUCUCCUAUUCUCCACACAAGAACCCUGUGAGCAGGCUAGAGGUCAUUGAGAAAAUGGGAUAUGAUAUUGAACGCUUUGUCGGUUACGUGAAUGAAGGGCUCCUGUGCUGCAUCUGUCGAGAUGUGUUGGAAGAUCCCUUGCAGGCUCCUUGCGAACAUGCUUUCUGCACUUCCUGCAUACAUGGGUGGCUUGUUCAUCACAGCAACUGCCCAGAAGAUCGUCAGCCGCUUGAUCUGUCUGUCCUUCGACCGCUUUACAGAUACAUGAAGAAUGAUCUCAAUCGACUCCAGAUUCACUGCAGGAACAGAGAGUGUGGCUGUGAAAUGGUGUGUUCACUGGAAUCCAUUGACCGACAUGAACGCGAGUGUGAAUGCAGCCGGGUCCCCUGUUCAAAUAGCGGUUGCCCAGCUCGGGUUGAAAGACGUAACCUAGACAGCCACUUGGCAGUGUGCGAAUACAGGAGCCGCGAGUGCCCCAAAGGUUGUGGGUAUGCCAUGCUCAGUGCUGAUGAUGCACAACAUAACUGUGUGGCAGAGCUGAGAACGGAACUAGAACUGCUCAGGUCAGAGAUGAUCUGCCGGAUGGAAGAGGCAAAACAUGAGAUGGAAUCUCGACUAGAUUCUCAAAGGAAGCAUAUGGUGCAAAAAGAGAGUCUUUUGCAAAAUCAGAUUGAAGAGCUAAAGAGCCAGGUGUCCAGGAUGAUGUCUGACAUACGUACUCUGCUGGCAAGAGAGAGGCAGCAUCACCAAGAACUGGAGCAGGCACAGCUUGAAAAGCUAGAAUUACUGGAGUUAGUGAAGACUCUCCAGGAAGACUGUCGGUUGACUAGGGAUGGAAGCAGGAAAGCAACACACGUUCGACCUCUGCCCCAACUGGAAAGCAAGAAGUGAAAGCCAGAGGCGACUGUUAUUUAAGAUUGGAUCACUGCAGUCUGCUUUAUGUGGUGCUUCCUUUUGCUGGAUCUGGCAGCUGACAAUUAGUACCGAAUGCUGCAGUCCACCUGUUGACAGCAAUGAGAUUCUGUCGGCAGACAACACCGCCCAGAAAUCUGCACUGCUUACAGGUUUGUUACCGAACCAACUUCAAGCUGUUAGCAUUAGUAUAUAAAGCCCUUAACACUUAGGAACAGUUUACUUCAGGAAUUGCCUUACCCCCGUAUAUUUCUAUUCAGUCAGUUCAAUCUGCAGCACUGGCACUAUUACAGGUGCACCACACUUGUAAAAAAUAGAUAUUUUUUGCAUGGCAGCACCCACACUUGGAACUCCAUGCCUAUUGACAUCAGGCAAGCACCUUCACUGCACUUUUUCCAGUGUCUGCUAAAACAUUUUUGUUCAGGCAAGUUUAUCCAGACAUGAAGAAGUUAAUAUUUUGAUCUGUUUUUAGCUUAGUUGUUUAUUUCAAUUAUUUUUUGAGUCAUUAAAUUCCUGUCUUGUGGUUUUACUAUUUUUUAGUUUUACUCUUAGGAAUAAUAAUAAUAAUAAUAAUAAUAAUAAUAAUAAUAAUAAUAAUAUCUGAAGGGGGGAGAGAGAACAAAGUUAUGUGUACUCAGGAAAAGAAACAAAAAAGAAGCAAAUAGAAAAAUGAAGGAAUCUAAUGAAACUUGGCUUAAGCCAGGAGAGCCAAGGAGGAACGUACUGCUGCAUCAGGCAGGAAAAAAACCUGAGGGAAAUGGACCAACUUCCCACAAACCUUUGCUCCUGCUUGUGUCAGCUGACCCAUACCAUUGGCUAUGGUGUCCUACGACAUGAAUUGACCUAAUAAAGCUAAUAUAACAUGUGCGUGUUGCGUGUGGGUUUAUGUAUAUAUAGAAGUGAAAGCUUAGAUUAUGUAUUAUUGAAGUUAAGGACUCAGAUAUUUUGUAAAAGUGCACACUAUACUCAGAGAUGGAAAUGUGAGCUAUCAAAUUAUUUCAAAUUCAUGCAAAGGAAAACAACUGCUACUCAGGCAGCUACAUGCAUGGCU